AUGGGACUGGUCACCAUCUACACCUAUGCUACCACGGCUAAGUCCUAUGGAAGCCUGUCGUCAAGCAACAAUCGUACAACACUCAUCAACUCGAUCAAUUCUAUCACUCAUGACAAUACGAAAGACAGACAGCUUUAUCAGGCGUUGACAUUGGAAGAGACCCAAGUGACGGCUUCGAGUGGAUUCCGCAACGGAUACAAACAUAUAAUGGCAGUGAUCUCAGCUGAUGCGUAA